GCCAACCUCCCAACCAUCUGAAUAUCGUCAAUUCAAGAUUGCUACUACUAGUAGUACUCCUGCAUACCCAAAUAUGUGUUCCACCUAUUGUAAUAAAAGGCUAGGUGCAUCUUGGUAAGUCUACCUUAUACGUCCUCUUUUUUCGUUCUUGUAGAUCUCCCCCAUUCCGUCAAGUUGUAAGGUGCCAAAUCUCGCAACCCUCAACCAUAUAUCAAGCAAGUUCUUUUUGACUUUUGAGGUGUUGACCCAAGAUGCAUCUACCUCCGCCGAUCUCGCUUCUCUGUAUCUUGCUGUCUUUUCAUGAAGGCGCAUUCUCAUUGCCUUUUGUUGCCUUGAAAAGAGCACCAUCUACUAAGCCGCUGGCAGCUCGCGCCACUUAUUCUGUGGUCCCGAUUGAUGGGAAUGGGAAUGGGAAUGGCGGGGAUGGUGGGGGAUCGACCAAGACUUCUGACAGCUCUGGCACAACUGUCAAGACAAUUGUCGUGACCCCAUCUCCGACUACGAAAACAAUAGUCCAGUCGUCUCCCCCAAUCACUGACACGAUAAUAAUUACCUCUGAACCUUCGACGCGUACUGUUUCUACUACCGUCUCCAUUGUCGAUAUUCAAUCUACAAUCAGCAUCCUGACGACUACUGUGACUGAAGACGAUGAUACGCCAACGCCAACCACAUCGUACCCAAAAACAGAGUCCACAACGACGACGACAAACACAUCGCCUCCUUCCAGUCCAACCCCGGUUCUUUCUACUGCGUCUGCGUCUGCGUCUCAUAAGUCGUCGAGCACGGCUGUUACUUCAACCUCACUAACAAAAACUCUACCCCAACCUACGACAGCUACCAUUGCCUAUCCCACGACGGUCUACACGACAUCCUUGCCCGUGUCUGUACCCACGUCAAGUUGGAGCUGGAGCUCUAGCACUCAUGAUGAUGGGUUUUGGCACACAUCCUACCCGGCCUGGAAUGAGACCGUGAGCCGUCGAUUCGCUCGUGGUCACUAAGAUAACAAUGGGAGAUUAUCGGCCCCCAGCUAACGCGAAGUCGUGAAGGUCUUCGAACUAGGUACUACUUGUGUAUAGGAAUAGGAUAUAAUGUUUGUAUAAUACAUUCCCACGGAAAGACGACGAGGAUAUGAUAUAGGAUGUAAUUGUAAUGCUUGGAUGGUUGGACGGUUGGCAUGGCUGGGAUGAUUGGGAUGAUGGACAUGGGCAUGGAACGAGAGUAUGGACUUUACGUAACCCAAGUGCUGGAACACGUCGUGUCACGUAAAUAGCGUGUAGCUUGAUCAAAUAGAAGCUGGAUGAUUAUAUUCUGUGUGUUUUAUGGUUUUCACGUCUUCCAAAAGAGAUGCGAAGCUUAAUGUAGCUAUUGCAGCGGAUUAUAUAGGACGGAUCAUGAGAAAAGG